GAGUCACGUUAAUACAUAUAAUAUCUUUGCUGUAUGCACAUGUACGGUUCUCAAAUUUUGAAGAAGUAAUCGAAAGAAUAAGAAUUGAAUAAAUCUAAAAAUGUAUGGUGGCGGUGCAGCUCCGAUAUUGGUAUUAAGCCAAAACACCAAAAGAGAGUCGGGAAGGAAAGUGCAGUUGGAGAAUAUUUCUGCCGGCAAGGCUAUUGCAGAUGUGAUCAGAACAUGCCUGGGGCCUCAAGCCAUGCUCAAGAUGUUGAUGGACCCGAUGGGUGGCAUCGUGAUGACAAACGAUGGCAACGCUAUCCUUCGUGAGAUAACAGUGCAACACCCUGCUGGCAAGUCCAUGAUCGAGAUUGCUCGCACUCAAGAUGAAGAGGUGGGGGAUGGCACCACGUCCGUGAUCGUGUUGGCGGGGGAGAUGCUGGCCGUGGCAGAGCAGUUCCUUGAGCAGCAGAUACACCCCACGGUGAUAAUCAGGGCGUACCGGCAGGCCCUGGAGGACGCCGUGGUGUUCCUGCAGAACAGGAUGGGCGUGGUCCUGGACGUGAAUGACCGCGGCAAGCUGCUGGGCGUGAUCAAGUCGUGCGUGGGGACUAAGUUCAUCGGGCGCUGGGCCGACCUGGCAGCCUCCAUCGCCCUCGACGCUGCCCAGACGGUGCUGGUGGACGAGGGCGGGCGGCGCGAGAUAGACAUCAAGCGCUACGCCAAGGUCGAGAAGGUCCCGGGGGCCACCAUCGAGGAGUCUGCGGUCCUCAAGGGCGUCAUGGUCAACAAGGAUGUGACGCACCCCAAGAUGAGGCGGCGCAUAGAGAACCCCCGCAUUGUGCUUCUGGACUGCACCUUAGAGUACAAGAAGGGGGAGAGCCAGACGAAUAUUGAAAUCAUGAAAGACACUGACUUCACCCGCAUUCUGGAGCUUGAGGAAGAGCAGAUGCAUAAGAUCUGUGAGGAGAUCAUUGCUGUCAAGCCAGAUGUGGUUUUCACUGAGAAGGGUAUUUCUGACCUCGCUCAGCACUACUUAUUGAAGGCUGGAAUUUCUGCAGUGCGUCGGGUGCGCAAGUCCGACAACAAUCGUAUUGCAAGAGCUUGUGGGGCUACGGUGGUAAACCGCACGGACGAGCUUAGAGAAGAAGACGUGGGUACAAAGGCUGGUCUGUUCGAGAUAAAGAAGCUGGGCGAUGAGUACUUCUGCUUCGUGACGGAGUGCAAGGACCCGAAGGCGUGCACCAUCCUGCUGAGGGGAGCCAGCAAGGACGUGCUGAACGAGACGGAGCGCAACCUGCAGGACGCCCUUCACGUGGCCAGGAACAUCAUGCUGGAGCCCAAGCUCGUUCCCGGCGGCGGGGCCGUGGAGAUGGCCACGGCUCAGUUCCUGACAGAGAAGGGCAAGAGUGUGAAGGGAGUCUCUCAGUGGCCUUAUCGAGCCGUCGCCCAAGCUCUCGAGAUCAUUCCUCGCACGCUCAUCCAGAAUUGUGGGGGCAACACCAUUCGCACUUUGACUGCUCUCAGAGCUAAGCAUGCGACAGGUGGUUUGACGUGGGGCAUCAAUGGCGAGACUGGUGAGCUGGCAGACAUGAAAGAUUUGGGUGUAUGGGAACCUCUUUCGGUCAAGUUGCAAACAUACAAGACAGCAGUUGAGACUGCCAUAUUGCUUCUCAGAAUCGAUGACAUUGUUUCUGGUUCGAAAAAGAAGGAUCGUGAUGGGGAGACAAAGUCAGCAGCUCCAACCGAAGAAUCGGUGAAGGAAUAAUCUAACUUAAUCUAUUGUGCUAGAAAAAGUGCCGCAACUGUGCUUUGGCUGAACUUCACAAGGACUUAAUUAAAAAAUUUUAUUAAUGCACAUUAAUCUUGAUAUAUUCCUAAUUAAAAUAUCUUUUUCAGGUGAAUGCAUUUAAUUAGAAAGAUACCAAACCCCAAAAGGGGAUAACAGUUGAUCUGCAUCUUAACAAUAACAUGCCCACCUAAAAAUUUUUGUUAUUGUAAGCUGUUAAUAUUUUUUUUCUAAUUAUAGAAUGCUGUUGUUGUAUUGCUAACUACGGAUCUAAUGACUGCAUACGUUGUGUUCAUAAUGUAGAAACUAUGUUGCCUUGUAAUAAUAUUGUAUACAUUCAUAUAAUAAAUAAUACUGAUUUAUAUGA